AUGGGUGCACAAAAACCAGCCCCUAGGAUCAAGAAAUGGGAGACAAAAGGCAAAACCAAAGCUGGUUUUAAAAAUCUGGUGCUGGGCAUUGACUCAUUUGAGUCUGUAGCGUCUGCAUCUUUGCACACUCAGGGAGUGCAGCAUCACUCUCACGACGCCGACCCUGACAUUGCGUCAUCAGCUGCACCUGCUCCCGCACAUGAUCUUGAGUUUGAUCACGAGGUUGACGAUGAUUUUGACCAUGUCUUUCCCCCUGAGCAUGACCCUGUUCAUGACGAUGCACCCGCUGUUGCUCCUUUUGUUGAUGAUAUACCCAUUGCCAAUCAUCCUGUUGUUGCUCCACCAUUGGUGGAUGAUCAUGUUAUUGACGCUCCACUCUUGAUAGAGGAUCCUGUUGUUGCACCAUUUCCUGAUCCUAUGCCGGUGCCAUUCGACCGUGCACCUUUUGCUACCCAUAUAGAUCCACGUUGCGCCGACAGCCGUAAUGGGUGGAUUGAUGACGAUGACGAUUACCCACCUUUUGUGCGACCUGUUACACCACCAGUAGCCCCCGUUUUAGCACCCGUUUCAGCACCCAUUUCAACACCCACUGAUAUCCCCCUGGUUCCCCCACACACCACCGAUACUCAUCGCACAGAUCUUCCUGUUACGUUUCUUCAGGACAUACCGCCACCGCGUCCUGGAGAGGGGUCAUCUAGGGAGCCGCCUGUUCCUGCUCCACCCAUGCUAUCAUCACCUUUUCCAUUCACAUCACAGUUUCCCACUGUUGCACCAUCUACUUCACCGUAUCAUGCCACUGUCUGA